GAAAAGAUUUAUCCCAACUCACCCAAUAUUCUCCCUUAUUAAUACACUUUCCUCACCUUCACUCCUUCCAUCACAUAAUUCCCUUUUCUCCAAGACACACUCUUUCUCUCCUCACCACAACACAACACAACACCAAACUCCUCUUUGACUCUUUUACAUCUCAAAAAUCAAAAACAUGAAGCAAUUAAUAAGAAGACUAUCCAAAGUAGCCGAUUCUUCCUCAGAUUCAUCAAACUCAUACUCCCUUCUCCGGUCCGACUCUCUAAGUUUACCUCGUCGAACCGGCCGUGCAAGAAAAACCCAACCCGGUCGACGGCGGUCUGUGCCAUCAGGUCAUGUCCCGGUCUACGUUGGUGAAGAAAUGGAGCGGUUUGUAGUGAACGCGGAUCUAAUGAACCACCCGAUAUUUGUUAAGCUUCUGAAUAUAUCAGCUCAAGAAUACGGAUACGAACAAAUUGGUGCUCUUCGGAUCCCUUGUAACGUCGUCGUUUUUGAACGUGUUCUUCACGCUCUGAAAUGUGGUUAUGAUGUUUCUUCCGAUUUACAUGAUCUUAUUAACUCAACGUCUGAUGAAGUCAUCUUUUUUUAGCAAUUACUUGUUUUUUUACUAGAUGUAGAAAACAAAUAUGCUCAGAUCUGGAUGAAUUUCAUCUGUUUUUGUUUUGCUCUAAUUUCAAUUUGUAAAUAUAGGAGAUUGGAGUUUCAAAGGGAAGAAGAACUUUUUCAAUUUAUUUGUUUUUUAGGGACUUCUUCUUUUUACUUUGUUUUCAUGGAUCAUGUAGCAAUCAAAUUAUUACUUCCUUUUUCUGCUUUCACUUA